UGAUAAAAGUGUUGUCAUACGUUUUCUGAACAACCUUUUUUAUUUAAAUAGAGAUUGCAUCUGUAGUGACGAUGACCUCCGCUAUAGCUUAAUUGUCAUAAUGUACCAGGAAACUAUUUGUUGGUAUAGGUCCCUGAAUGUACGUAGAAGAUUCUAAUAGUCAUGCUAUAACAAUUAUACGAUGAAAAGGGGAUGUUAUGCCAUUUUAACGCGGAAUAAUUAACACUUUAACGCACAUGUAAUACUCAAUGUAAGAAGAAACCAUUCAUUUUAAAAGGCUUUAUGUUGGUGAAAAUUGUAGGAGUGCGUUGUGGGACAAGUUGUUUCUACGGAAAGAUAGACAGACGUAAGGGCGGACGGGUGGAUUCGGACAGACGGACGUAGAGACAAAGGGACACACAUGAAUCACUUUAAAGCAUGAAAAGAAGAGCAGUAUGUGUUGCGUAGUCUAAACAAAAUUAUCGUUAGCACCAUCAACAACAUCAUCUAUUGGUUAUUAAAGCAUCAGUUUGCAGAGGACCGAGGUUUGUGUUGUUUUUCUCCAGAUGAGAUUAGUCAGCAGCGGACUAUCGAUUGGAACCACUGACACACGCUGUCCCCUAACACAGAUGCUUCUGUAUUAAUUUGUGAAGGACCGUUUGCAUCUGUUAGCCGAAGUGGAUUUUGAAAAUACUGAAACGAACAAAAAAGGUCCCCCUUUGUGAGACAACCCUGGUUUGCGAUGCCUAACUGAUUUGGUUUGACGUGGCUUACUUUACGUGAACAAAUAUGUCUUCUCCCGAUAAAAGUCUUCGUGCAGAUGCACAGAAUUUCUGUGACUCUUUGGCGAAUGUUUUUAUGAUGAAACGGCGAGACCCUCAAACACAGCGCCUUCUUGAAAAAUCAAAAACCCUCAUAGAGUCUCUUCUCAAGGAAACUCGUCCGAAAUCUGACCGUCCGGCAAUACCUCCAAAACCGGCGCGGACCGGAUCGAACGCAGGGAUGGGGCAGUUGUGGGUCAAGUUGGAUGAACUGAAACGGGAAAAUGACGAUUUGCGGCGGAAAAUGGCGAACAAGAAAGAAGACAAGAUGAGCCCGGGAAAAACACAGGGUCCAGGGGAAGUAAUUAUAUCCGAGUUGCACAAAUGUAAAACGGAGAACGAGAGCUUACGUUCGGAACUUGACAGAGCUCUGGAAAAUAUAAAGGAUGUUGAAAAAGUCAAUCUGACGCUGCAAGACGAGUUUAAAAGAACAAAAAUAGCAGGCGAGGUUGCAAGCGACACUCUGGAGAAAAUUCGAAAAGAGCGUCAAACGCUUGAAAGUUCGCUAAACUCAAUGAAAACAGAAAACGACUCGUUGAAAUUAAGAUUAACUCAAUCGGUUAAACCCAUGAAACGCCCCGACGCGCGACUAAUGGAAAACAUUCAAGAGCGGUGUCGGCCCACCACCGUUGCGCAUGCGUACUCUAACCUGGAGAGCCAAGAAUGGGUCGACGCCAAGGAGGCACUGGAGGAGGCCGGAUAUGUCGAUGACGUAUCGGUGAUGCGGUUCCUAGCCGAAGUUUUAAUGACGUGUUAUGCAGUUAGUUGUGAGUUGCUGUCAGAGGUCGAAAAUGGAAUUGCAGAAAUCAUCAAAAAUCCGACAAAAAUGACCUCAUACCUGGCGUCCCGGAAGGACCAGGAUCCGCUUCCGGAAGAGAUCCUCUCGGGUCUGAAAGAGAGUCUUCGACAGAACACCUGGGACGUGGACGUGGAGCCACUCGUAGAGAAAUGUUACGAGAAGCUCUCUUGCGAAGGAAAGUGGAACGAAUUCGAAGGUCACUUCAACAACAAGCGCAUGCACAACUACGUGACGCAGUGCGCGCGUGUCACGUGGCAGAUGGCGACACAGCAGACGACAAUGUGGCUGUGCACGCGGGACACUUGCCUCGACGAGGAGAAACAUAACCUGUGGUGGUCAUGUGAUAAGUCGGAAGCCAGUGUCGUUAAAUUCUUCGUUUGGCCGGCGUUGUAUGACUGUGAAAACGGAAAUCUGUUGGUCAAAGGAAUGGUGUAUGCUGAAGCAGAGUAGAACAUAAGCAUCAAGUAAACACAAUCGAGAAAUACUGAAAACUCAAGCUGGAGUUUAAAGAGACGAGUGUGUUUACUAACUGGUUAAAUACCUUAAAGCAGCAUUAAUGAAACCGAAUGUAGGAAAAAGUUAAUUGCAUUUAAAUUGACUCUUUUAACGGAUUUGAAAUAUAUUAAAUUAUUUUGAAUACGUUUUGUUUUAUAUAACAGUUUUUGUUUAUAACUCAAUAUCUUAAAACUUAUUGUGUACAUUUGAAAUGUUGGUGAACAUUUCAAAAAAGUUGUAUAAAAAUUAUUACAUCGUAAAUGCAUGCCCUUUAUGCAUGCACAGCUAAUUAAUGAAACAUUACACCAGACAUAGCAAAGAGGCACAUUGUUUUCCUAGAAACCUAUACAUUAUGUCGCCCCAUUGGCGCAAAAAGAUACCACGUACCUUCUAAUUUCAAUUUCACAUGGUACCUUUUUGCACCCAGGGGGGCGAUGUGUACAGCAUGGAAUUUAAAAGACAUUUUUUCAUAAUUCAACAUCUCUAUCUAAUAGCCCUUUUAACAUAUUAAGUAAAUCUCAAAGACUUACACCAAUGAGCAAUAUGGUUUAAAUUUUGCUUUUCAUUACUAUCUAAAUAUUCAUUUUUUGUUAAUUAUUAUGUACUAUUCGUCAAAAUUAAUUUCCCCUAUAAAUGAACA